CGAUAAUUAUAACAAAAAAAAAUAGAAAGAGAGACAUGUUAAUCAAGGAGACAAACCCUUAACUCCUUAACUCCAUUAACUCCAAACAUAAACUAACAGCUCACUUCGAGUUGUAACUGAUCUGCUUCUCCAUUUUCAUUUCCCUCACUUCCCAACCCAACACCCUCUUCACUUGCCACACCCUCUCUUCAAUUUCUAUCUCCUUUCUUAAAUUUUCGAAGCUUCACAUCCCUCGUGUUAGAAACCGCGAUUCACUUUCAGUGAUUGUUUUGAAUUCAGAUAUAUCAGUUUUAAUGGCUCAAACCUCUGAAUUUCAAAUAGCUAAACACUUGCACAAACCUCUCAAUUUCAAAUUACUAAAACCCUUAACCCUCUUCUUCUCAUCAUCAUCUUCUCCUUCUUCUUCACAUCAACAACAACACCAACAAAUUGCUGUAACUUCCGCAGUUUCAAUCCUCACCAACCAACGUUCCAAAUCCCGCUGGAACACUCUCCAUUCCCUCUACCCAAACGGCUUCAACCCUACCGAUUUCUCCCAAAUCACUCUCCACCUCAACAACAAACCCCACCUCGCACUUCACUUCUACCAAUGGACCAAAUCCAAAUCCCUCUGUCACCACAGCCUCUCCUCCUACUCCACCAUCAUCCACAUCCUCGCACGUGGCCGCCUCUACUCACACGCUUACAACACCAUCAGAACCGCUCUUCUCAACUCCGAGACCGAGACGCCGCUGAAGCUUUUCGAGAUUCUUGUCAAGUCUUAUCGAGAUUGCGGUUCUGCUCCUUUUGUUUUUGAUUUGUUGAUUGAAGCGUGUUUGCAGUCGAGAAAAAUUGAACCUUCGGUUGAAAUUACUAGAAUGUUACUCUCCCGUGGGAUUAGCCCCAAGGUUAUGACUUUGAAUUCUUUGAUUUCUAGGGUUUGUGGAAAAUUGGGGAUGGAUGUAGGGUAUAAGAUUUACCGGGAGUUUUUUAGGUUAGAUGAAGAAAAAUAUGAUUUUUCGAAAAGGGGUUUUAGAGUUGUUACCCCUAAUGUGCAUACUUUUAAUACAUUGAUGUUGUGUUGUUAUCAAAAUGGUUUGAUGGAGAAGGUUGAGGAAAUUUGGGAUGAAAUGUGUGAAAUGAAUUGUGAUCCUAAUGGUUAUAGUUAUAGUUUAUUGAUGACUGUGUUUUGUGAGGGAGGGAGGAUGAGAGAUUGUGAAAAGAUGUGGAAGGAAAUGAGGAAGAAGGAAAUUGAGCCUGAUGUGGUUAGUUAUAAUACCAUAAUUGGUGGGUUUUGUAAGAUUGGUGAUGUUGGAAAAGCUGAGGAGUUUUUCAGAGAAAUGGGAUUGGUUGGUAUUGAUGCAACGGUUUCGACUUAUGAGAAUCUUGUUAAGGGGUACUGUAAUGUCGAGGAUGUUGAUUCGGCUGUUCUUGUUUAUAAGGAUAUGUGCAGGAAGGAUUUUAGACCUGAUGCGUUGAUCCUUGAUAUGGUAGUUAGAUUACUUUGUGAUAGAGGUAGGGUUGAAGAAGGUAUGGAGUUUUUCAGGAGUGGAGUUGGUAAGUUUGGUUUGGUUCCGAAGGAGAAGAGUUAUGAGGCCUUGAUUAAGGGGUUGUGUUUCGAGGGGAGGAUGGAAGAUGCGUUGAAGCUUCAGGCAGAGAUGGUAGGAAAAGGGUUUGAACCGAGUUCGAAUAUAUAUGAAGCUUUUAUUGGUGGGUAUAUUAGACAAGGGAAUGAGGAAAUGGCAGAAGCUUUAAAGAAAGAAAUGGUGCAAACACAUCAAUAGCUAACAGAUUAAUUACUUUUUGUUUGCCAUUUACUGUAAAAUCUGAGAUCUGUAUACUAGUCUAUUUUUAUCCUUGGACUCAUUCACAAUAGCAUAUUGAACAUGAGUCUGGUAGGCUUUUUAUGAUUUCCUGUUCUUGGUGUAUCUGAUGCAUGGCAACUUUGUGCGCGAAAUAGAAUUGAACAGACCAAUCUAUAUUAA